GUGCACAUCGACAUCGCGUCGGAUCUUUCGAGCGACGCCUCUGCUGGAGCAAAUGCCAACGUGCGCCUCAAGUCGGUCUUCGACAAGGUCCGCGCCUCUCUGAAUCAAAAGUCCAGUCAAAAGGACCUGCAACGAUUGGUUAUCCUCGACGACAUAGCCACGCUCGAAUGGAUAGGCAUUCCCGUUUUGGAGCUUGUCCGUUUUGCGCGUGCUCUGUGCGCCUUAUGCCGAAAGACGAACGCUGCACUGGUGCUGCGACACCACGUCGUGACCCCUGGAGAGCCGGAUGAUCUCCUGAGACGUCUGCUGCAACUAUGCACGUACCACAUGGACGUACUACCCUUGUCAAGUGGGAAGAGCGGCUCUGUGGCACUACAUGCAGGGUCCGCCGCUAUCAACGCACCCUUCCGGCUUGUACCAAGACAUGGAGCCGUCCACUACAAGUUGUCAGAUGCAGGCGCUGUUUUCUUCGAUCGAGGCACAGGAGGAGGGGUGCUUUAA